AUGGCCUCCUUCCCCUCCUCCCCUCCAGGCAUGAGACUGUUUUUCUGGAUGUUCGACGUCCCCCGAUGCCUCCUCCGCGACGGCAGGAGGCGAACGCCGCCUCUGGGCACCCUCCCGUGCUCACCCCAGAGCGGCGUCGAGCAGUCCCUGCGGGCCGCCCGAGGCAAAGGCCUCGGGAGCUCCAGGCGCGGCGAGUGCCGUCUGUGGCGCCGUCGAACCCGACGGGCCCGCUCGUGCUGGUCUGUCGCCCUGGGAGAGGCUGUGACGGUGCUGAGGACUGUGCAGCUCUCGCUGUGCGGCAGGGGGCAUGUUGAACAGAUCGGCUCUGUGGGACCACACGUGAGCCGCGGAUCGCUGCCACCAGUGUUCAUUGUCGAAUGCUGUGCGGCGCCUGGUUCUCAGUUGUCGAAUUCGGGUGCUGUGUCAUGCCUGUUUCCUGUGCGUGUUACGGCGCUGCCGAGUGCCAGAACAGUGUCAGCCUAA